UCUUCUGGCCCAUUUACGGUGCUGUAAAAUUUGUGCCGCUAUUUGUUAUAUGUGCCACUUAUUGGCAACGUUUGUGAAAAAAAAAUUCAAGUGAUAAAUCAAAAUGUUGCUUCCAGCAGUAAGUGGAAUUUAGCCUUUUCUCUUUAUUGCAACAAAUUCAAUUUAAGUCAGUUCCGCUAUAGUUUAACGACCGUAUUUCUACGUUUCGCACAAUUUUGAAUAGAGAAAUUGGAGUUCGCGCUGAGACGAAGUUUCAUCGCUAAGACAACAUUCCUGAAGAGAUAUAGUUCCUUCAACAUGUAUGCACUGCAUACGCGCUGAGUCGCCGUAGGCACAAAUCUUUGCAGAACUUUGAUGGCUUUUGGAGGUAGUCAUCAGCGCGUAGAUGAAGCUGGCGCUGACCUUAUACGACACUGUCGGUACAUACACAUCUACGACCGCUCGCACGGAGCAAUACUUCGCCAUCGCGCAAAACGCCUUGCUGUUACCGCGAGCAGAUGAUACGUAUUCGGAAAAAGGCAGCAAUACGCCCGCUCUCGCUUUUAUAACGCUGCGCUGUUUCAGCUACGCCUAGGAUAACCGCGCUUGCGACUUCUCGGACAAGCGCGCCAGCAACGCCCCUUCGCUCUUGCGAGCUCUGCCGCGCAGCCGUCUCAACGCUGGCAACGACAGAACAAAUGCGCCGAGCGGACGGAAUGCCGCCGCAACGGCCGCAGCCGCCGCGGCACGGCAGCGCGGUAGCCUCGGUGACGCUGACGUCACCGCAUCUGCCGCUGAACGGAAGACGGAGCCUCCCCGUCCGCGCCGCAGCAACCGCGAAGCGGGAGGGAGACGUAGGAAAAACGCGGUCUGUUUGCCGCCAUUUUGCAGCGCGCGCCUGACUGCUGUUCACCGUUGUUUGACGCGAGUCGCAGAGGCCAACGGCUUCAGCUAUAAGCAUUACAGUGUGUAACCGCGGCCACGCCAUCGCGGCGUUGUUUACCGUCAGCGUUGUAGACUGUGGCUCGCAGCUGCUAACCCGUACUAAGAAAUCGCGCUUGCCAGACCCGGCUCGUACGCCACCGUCCUGCCGUGCGCUCUCACGUGCCGCUCCCUCGUUCAUUCCCGGGCACAGCUCGUCGACGGGGUGUUGUUUACCGUCGCGGGAGACGGGUUUGAACUUCAAAGCGCGCAAUCAACAGCACUCGGCUUUUCGUCAUCACGCCGCUGCUUCAUGUUGCUUCAGUACUUCGUGAUACAUCCUCUCCGUGGAUGGUUUUCUUGUGGGCUUGUUCGAUUUUGUGAUUUGUGGUCGUACCCGGCACCUACUUGGUCUACAUGUUGAUGGAGGAGUUCUCCUGGGACCGCUUCCUGGAGCUAGUGCAGCAGCGCCCGUAUCUGUAUGACACCAAUCAACCAGAGUACAAGGAUUCGACCCUCAAGGACCGUCAGUGGGUUAAAAUAGGACAGCAGUUCGGACUAACAGGAUGGCAGGCGAAGAACAAGUGGAGGAACGCACGCGACCGCUACAUCAAGAUACGCGUCCAGAUGAAGCGCAGCGGUCGCAGGGUGUACGACAAAAUGGGCAUUCCCAUUCCGAACACUAAGUGGCAGUACUACAAGACGCUGGACCGGAUGCUCAGGGACGCCAAGCAGCACGGCCCGCUAUGCCAAAUGGACCCGAUGAUCAAGCCUAAGACAGAACCAACUGAAUACGUCUUCGAGUGCACGGACGCGCAAGAGGUUACAGUCGAUGCAGGGACUUCUCAAGAUGGCGGCGACCCAAGCAUCGCGAUUGAGACGAUACCUACUGGGAUGACACUAGAAAACAGCCAUGACGCAGACACUGUGGAUUUGCAGCGCAUAGACUAUCUUUCUUCUCCAGAACCCGGAGGCGCUUCAAGUCGGAGGGGGCGGCGACGAGACGUAGACUAUGACGACGACGACAGCACGUUGCGCGGAGGCGAAGAAGCGUCGCUGCAGAAAAGCCUGGACGCCUGCAUCGGCCAGCUGGUGGCCAUGAACCGGUCGUCUUCGUCGGCACGGUCGCCACCGGACGCUCCCGUGGACGAAUGCCACUACCACGGCAUGUCGAUCGCGGCCCGGUUGCGUCGCCUCGACGACGUCGCCCUGCCACAGGUACUGCACCGCAUCAGCGCCAUCCUGGUGGAACAUGGUGUGUGACGUGUGAAAAGCUGCCUGACCAACGCAGUGCUUGGUUGCGUUUUCAUGUGCCAAAAGGGACAGCAUACAUCAUCAAGGUUCGGCUAGAGAUGGCGUCAACGUCACAAGUGGCAUGUCGGUGUGGAACCAUGGUGGACGUGCUCUGGAGUGUUGUGUUCUAAAACGUCUCUCGCUGCACUUGUACGAUUGUGAAGCAAUGACGUGAACCAAAGACGUAUAUUUCACGAUGCCUGGAACGUCAGUAAAUAUAUUUAGAUUUUAUUGUUUCUGGUUCCUGCGGGAACAGCGGUCGAUGCAUGCGACGGUUGUCUGUGAUGUCGCUUGAAGGCGAGAGCCGAUGCACAGAACUACUCAGAAGUACUGCAACGUACAAAACAAGUCUAGGUCACGCUCUUUCCUACAUGGUGGCUCCUAAUAUGUUACACAUCAUCAUAACGCUAACUUGAGUUGGCUGAAGUUGUAAGCAAUUAAGUCGUAUUUUUUUCUUCUUUUUGCAUGAGGAUGUAUUUGAACUUUUCAUAAACAAAUGCACCUUCACUGCUCUUCUUAAUCAGAACAUGUAAACAGCCUGUCAAUUGCACUGUGCGUCGUUGCAUUGGGACCUCGCAGCAUGUAUAGUACUCGUGUGAGAAUGCACACGGGACAUGUUACCACACACUUGAAUACAUUUGUGACAGCUGGCUCAGUAAAGACUGCGCCAGAGGUAUUGUGCUGGAAGUGAGUGACUGUGAAUCUGAUAAUGUUGUAUAAAUAACUGAACCGAACACUGCUGUCUGCAGCAACACUCCAGACAGUAAAUGUUCUCAGAACAUGCGUACUUCAUCUGACGUUCACUGUGCAGUAUUAGAGAACCAACAUGGCAAUUUCGAGUUGUCAUUUUUAAAUAAAAUUGAUGAUCGAAGUGUG